UUCAGAAUCUGAAUUAGCUCAAGCAUAUGAUUCAGUAGUUAACAACAAUGAUUCAGCUUUAUACACCGCUCUUCUUAGUUUCUUUCCGUUAAUCAGAAAAUUCCCAACACCCUAUAAUAUAAAAUUUAAUAAUUCUAUUAAAUUUAUUAAUAAUACAUCUGAUAAAAUAGUUACAGAACAAAAAAGUAGUCUUGUUCGAGGAAAGGAUAUAUUGUCAUUGUUGGUAAAAGCAAAUGAAAAAUUACCUAUUGAUGAACAAUUGACACAUAAAGAAUUAAUUGGUCAGGUUAUGACAUUACUCGUAGCCGGACAUGACACUACUAGUGUUUCACUAGCUUGGUCACUAUACUUUCUCGCAAAAAAUCCCGAUAUUCAAGAUCGUCUUCGUAAAGAAGUUCUUGAUAUACUUAUUGACA